AAGACAAAACUAUUCAGAAUUAAUAUAACUUAAAUAUUUCAUCUAUACUGGUACAAAAACUACAGUGAGAAAGAUCAAUUAAAUUGAAGAAGCAAUACAAAAAAAGAGAACAGCUAAGCAGCAUGAUGAACAGCCAAAACCUACAACUAUGUAAAUAGAGUACAAAAUCAAAACAACAUCUUAACCUAUAGUAACUAGUAACCAUAAUACUAACUCAGGUUAUUUAGAAGUAACUAUUUUAAAAGUUCUUCAUAGUGUAAAAAGAAAAUAGCAACUAGCAAAUAGAAUAAUGAUUUCGAUGAGAAGUUUAGCAAUUAAAGCCUUAACUUGUAAUAGGUUGACAAAUUUUAACAACAUACAGUUUCAAACACGUGGAGUCUCGUACAAAAAUAGUAAACUAGUUGAAGAUGAUAGUAAGUACACAGAAUUUGAGGUAUUUCAUAAUCCGGAAGAAUGGAAGUAUGUGGAGAGGUUGUUGCCAAUAAAAUGGAUACCAGACCCAAAACCAAAAGAAAAUUAUCCUUCUGGAUGGAUUCCACAAAAAGCGGACCCAGAAAAGACUCCAUAUUUUAUUGAAAGAACAAAGAACCACAUGUUGCCCGUAUAUCUGAAACUUGGACAGCGUAGAAUGCAGCAGCAUACCAAGAUCCGCAAAAUAGAAGGAGACAUCUGGAGAUUAAGUGAAGAACUGGUGCAAUACAUUAAGCCACUCAUGGGAUAUACUUCUAUUGGAGUCAAAGUUGAGGAGCUGAGGAGAACAAUUACACUUCGAGGAGAUUUUGUUGCAUAUACAAAAAAAUUCUUAAUUGAAAAAGGAUUUUAAGGAAUUUGUACAAUGCAAACAGUUAUUUGUUAAUUGUAUGAAUGGAUGUUUAAUAAGUAAACCUGUAAAAUAUUUGUAGAAGAGGCAAAAUAAAGAAUAGCUAAACAAAUA